AUGACUACAUUAAGAGUUCUCUUGUUUGUAGCUGUCCCGAAGCGAUGGUUUCUCCAACAAUUGGACGUAAACACUGCUUUUCUUCACGGUGACUUACUCGAAGAGGUAUACAUGCGGGUUCCUCAAGGACUAGCAACACCUCCAGGUUUCACUGCAAUUUUGGCAUAUGUGGAUGAUCUUGUUUUGGCGGGGGAUGAUGCCAAUGAGAUUGAACACAUCAAAUCAGUUCUGGAUGCCAGAUUCAGCAUCAAAGAUUUAGAAAAACUCAAAUACUUAUUGAGAAUGGAGGUUACUUAUAACACAAAGGGAUUGGCAUUGUAUCAAAAGAAGUAUACAACAGAUCUCUUAGAGAAAUUUGGGCUAUUGGAGCACUUCUUCUGGCCCCGCGCCACGUGGCACUUCAACCACCUUGACCUGAACGCUGAAGACGACACCACCUCCGGCGCCGGCGGGGGAAUCAACUUCGAGGCGUACGAAUCUGUACCGGUGGAGGUUAGCGGCGACGAAGUUCCCCUGCCGGUGGAAUCGUUCGUGGAAACCGAUUUCCACCAAGUGCUGAAGACGAACAUCGAGCGGUGCAAGUACGUGAAGCCUACGCCGAUUCAGCGCCACGCCAUUCCCAUUGCUUGCGCCGGCCGUGACUUGAUGGCCUGCGCGCAGACUGGGUCCGGUAAAACGGCGGCGUUUUGCUUCCCGAUCAUUUCUGUUAUUCUUAAGAAUCGUCGUCCGGGGUUUACUUCUGUGGUUCGUGAUCGUGGCGGCACUGUUUCAUAUCCAACGUCACUUAUUCUUUCUCCUACUAGAGAAUUAUCUUGCCAAAUACAUGAUGAAGCGAAGAAGUUUGCUCAUCAAACUGGAGUGAAGGUUGUUGUUGCUUAUGGUGGAGCUGCAAUAACUCAGCAGCUGCGGAAUUUAGAGAAGGGUGUUGAUAUACUUGUUGCUACUCCUGGGAGGUUGGUGGAUAUCAUUGAAAGAGGGAGGGUUUCUUUGACAAGGAUAAAGCUUCUUGCUUUGGAUGAGGCUGAUCGAAUGUUGGACAUGGGGUUUGAGCAGCAGAUACGCAAGAUUGUUGAGCAGAUGGACAUGCCUCCACCUGGUGUUAGGCAAACUAUGCUUUUCAGCGCUACAUUCCCUGAUGAUAUUCAGAAGCUUGCAUCUGACUUUCUAUCAAACUACAUAUUCCUAUCUGUUGGAAGGGUUGGUUCUAGCACUGAAUUGAUUGUGCAGAAAGUUGAAUAUGUUGAGGAUAAUGAAAAGAUUAACCAUCUAAUGGAUCUACUCCAUGGUCAAAAUGCACGUGGCGCCAACGGGAAGCCUGCUUUGACUCUUGUAUUUGUUGAAACAAAGAGGGGAGCGGAUAAUUUAGAAUCUACCUUGACGAGAAAAGGGUUUCGUGCUAUUGCAAUACAUGGUGACAAAGUUCAAAUGGAAAGGGAACGAGCUUUAAGAUCCUUCAAAAAAGGUGCGACUCCUAUCAUGGUGGCGACAGAUGUUGCUUCCAGAGGUUUGGAUAUCCCGCAUGUGGCCCAUGUCAUCAAUUAUGAUUUGCCAAGAAACAUUGAUGACUAUGUUCACAGAAUUGGCAGAACUGGCCGUGCUGGCAAAUCUGGUUUUGCCACUGCCUUCUUCAGCUACAAGAACAAUCAUCUUGCAAAGCCUCUUGUUGACCUUUUGCAGGAAGCAAAGCAAGAAAUUCCUUCUUGGCUGAGCCAAUAUGCUGGUGAGUCUUCAUCAUAUGAUGGCACUGGUGGUAGCCAUCCAUCUCAGCAGUAUGGUGGUCGUGACUUCCGAAAUGUUACUGAACCUGAAGUGGAGAAUUAUGACAACCACUCCACUACUUUUGGCGAUUCAUAUAAUGCUGAUUAUACAUUUGACAUAAAAGACUCCAAUGAAUAUGCUGAUUCAUCAUCUUAUGAGAUGGCAAAUUCAGUUCCUCCUGCUACCAGUUGUCAUUAUACUUAUGCCAAUACUGACUUGUAUGGAGGUGGCAACGUUGAAGAUGGUCCUGGAGGUUAUGCAUCGAUUGUUGCAACUGGAUGGGACUAGAUAGAUUGUUCAAUUAUUUUACUUUUGUGUUUUGUAUGGAACUAAAUUUAUGCCAUAUAUACAGUUAUGUCGUGUAGUUAUCCCACCUUAGGUGGUAACAUUAACCCUUUAUGUUUUGGGUCUUAUUACAAGUAACAGAAGAAGCUCAAUCUGUAGAUGCUAGCUAGUGCACUAUCAGUGUCUUUGUGCCAAAUACUUGGUGUGGGUUUGUUUUGACAAAUGAUAGUUGACUUAUAGAUCACAAUGAUUAUUUUGCUGUUUAAUCUUCGAUACCAAUAAUUUAAGAAUCGCUAUCAAACUUGUAAUAUCUACGUGAAUGACUGAUC